AUGAGUCACAUUGCCCUCCCUUUUUGAACUUGAUUGCCUGGUUUCUAAUUUGAGACGAAAAAUGGGCUUGGGAGUGUUCCAUGGAUCAAGAAAUAAAGAGGAGGGAUUCUUGGUGAUGCUGUAUAUUUUCACCUUGGCAAUUUUACCAACAUUCUUUUGGUCUCCAGUAUUGUGUUCAGUGGAAGACAGACUCAACUACAAUGGUCUGGAUGACAACACUGUGUGUCCUAAUAUUAGGAUUGGACAAGAUGAUUUGCCAGGAUUUGACCUCAUUACUCAAUUCCAAUUGGAUACCAUUCCCCUACGGGGUGUCAAAAGAGUGGAAGGUUCAACACCACUUCAGAUUGCCUUCAGACUUGACAGAGAGGCCAAUUUUGAAAUUCCAACAAGAAUAAUCUACCCACGAGGGCUGCCCGAAGAGUAUUCCUUUGUUACCACCUUCCGGAUGGUAAAAAACACGGUUCAUAAAGUGUGGAACUUGUGGCAGAUUGUGGAUGAAAAUGGCUACAAGCAAGUAGGCCUGAGGCUGAAUGGCAACACCCAGUCCUUGGAGUUCUAUUUAGUCGGCUUGGACAGCAAUCUGCAGUCAGUCAUUUUCCGAGGAGUUUCCCAGAUCUUUGAUACUGACUGGCAUAAGAUCCUGGUGGGUGUGGAGAGGGACACUGUCAGCCUAUUCGUGGACUGUCAUCGUGUAGCCUCUCAGCCUAUUAAGCCAAAAGGUAACGUCAAUGUAGAAGGGAAUACUCUGAUAGGCCGUCUGGAUGCAAACCACAAAGUGUCCGUGGUGUUUGAGCUGCAGUGGAUGCUGAUUCACUGUGAUCCACAACGUGCGCAUCGAGAGGCCUGCACAGAGUUAUCUAUACAGCAGAGAAUUAUCCCUAAUUCCGAGCCUGAUUUUGUAUUCAGGGGUCCAAGACCUGACUUUGGAAAGGCAAAUCUGCCAGGAUUACCAGGUCCACCAGGAUUACCGGGUCCACCAGGAGUACCAGGAUCUUCAGGAUCUCCAGGGGUUGCAGGCCCACCUGGGCGGGAUGGAAAAACUGGACUUGAUGGUGUAGCAGGUCCUCCUGGUAAACCAGGCCUUCCUGGUCAGAAAGGAGAGCGGGGUGAUGUCGGAUUCACAGGACAACCAGGAAAGCCAGGCCUUCCUGGAAUAAAUGGAAGACCAGGACCAAUUGGACCAAUGGGUCCUGAAGGUCGCGUGGGCCCUCCCGGCAUGCCUGGUCCAGAAGGUCCACCAGGACCUGCAAAAAUUGGAAUUCCGGGACCACCUGGUGAGAUUGGACUGACUGGAGAGCCUGGCCUUCCAGGAAAGCCUGGUGACCCUGGACCAAAAGGAGCAUCAGGCACACCUGGACUUCCAGGUCUACAGGGCCCACCUGGUACACCAGGGACAGAUGGAAGUGGAGAUGUUGUGUGUACAAUGUCUUGUCCUGCAGGCCCUCCUGGGCCACCUGGGCUGCUAGGAUUUAAGGGCCACAAAGGUCAAAAAGGUGCAUCUGGAGAGGCUGGGAAAGAGGGUCCAAAGGGAAAUCGUGGUUUUCCUGGGCAACAAGGUAUUGGAGGUGCUCCUGGACCUGAGGGUUCCCGAGGACCAAGAGGCUUUCCGGGUGCAUCUGGUGAAAAAGGAAGCAAAGGAGUUCCAGGAUUUAAUGGCCUGCCAGGGCCUCCAGGACCACAAGGGCCUACUGGGCCAGAGGGACCAAGAGGUCCAAAUGGAGAACCAGGCAUCAAAGGUGCAAAAGGUCCAGAGGGGCCUCGAGGACUAUAUGGUACUCCUGGAGCUAAAGGUGAACGUGGUACAGCUGGGCAUCCUGGACGGGAUGGGAAUCCUGGACCAGAAGGUCAAAAGGGAGAUGCUGGAAUACCAGGUCGAAUGGGAGAAACUGGGCCUUCUGGUCUACCUGGAUUACAUGGCUCUCCAGGACAGAAAGGACACAUUGGACAAAAGGGUGAUUUAGGUAUGAUGGGAGAAAUGGGACCUCCUGGAAUCCCAGGAGAACCUGGUGAUCCAGGAACCCCAGGACAAAGGGGACCACAAGGACACCAAGGCCUUCCUGGCAGCAGUGGAGAACAAGGACCCAUUGGACCCCCUGGUUUGCCAGGCCCUCCUGGGUCAAAGGGUGACUUUGGUCGCCCUGGACUCCAGGGUCCUCUUGGUUUUCCUGGAGGAAGAGGAGACAAGGGUUCGGCUGGUGUUCCUGGUCUCAAAGGAAAUGUGGGAAAACCAGGUCUGAAUGGCGAACAUGGAGAGAAAGGGGAGCAGGGCAUUCCUGGUCUUCAAGGCAAGAAAGGAGAGCCUGGAGCGCCUGGUGAAACUGGUCCUGUUGGGGCUCAAGGGCCUCGUGGUCGUCCUGGAUUUCAGGGACCUUCAGGUGCAGUUGGUGCCCGAGGACUGGAAGGAGAACGAGGGGCUCCUGGGCUUCCUGGGUCUCCAGGUAAAGAUGGCAAAGAGGCAAGUGUCCAUCGAAUCAGGGAGGUGUGCAUGAACAUGAUUCAAGAGCAAAUAUCAGAACUGGCUGCCAGCCUAAGACAACCCAUAACGUCUGGGAAACCAGGUCGACCUGGACCGCCAGGACCGCCAGGACCAGUUGGCCCUCCAGGAUCUGCAGGACACCCAGGUGCAAUCGGCCCACAAGGUGUCAAAGGUCACCAAGGUUACCCUGGUGAACCAGGAACCAAAGGUGUACCAGGUGAAAAGGGUGAGAAGGGAGAAGAAGGAAUAGGAUUACGUGGACCACCGGGACCUCAAGGAAUGCCUGGUGUUGAUGGCUUGCCUGGAAUUGGAAAGGAUGGGCGGGAUGGUGCCCGUGGUGAUCAUGGCCUGCCUGGUGAACCAGGACCGCCUGGCAUACCUGGGCUCAGAGGCUUUCCUGGUAUCUGUGAUGCUUCUGCCUGCGUUAGUCCACCUCACCUCUUCAUGGGAAUGGGCAGUGGCAAGAAAUCCAUAAAUGUGAAAGGUCCAUCAAAAUAACAGCAAGAAAAUGCAGAAAUUACAAGCAGUUACCAAUUGACCUACAAUUCUGAUUUGUGUCAAGGGUUCAGUUGACUCGACUGGGUUUACUAUUAAAAACAUAAAGACCCAGCUUUUUACAGGCUGCAGCUGUAGCAUUGAUUUAAAAGAAUUUCUUCAUUUUGAUACCCAGGACCUUAAACUGUUUGAUACCUAUGAGCUUCAUUUUUUCAAGUGUUUUGCUGCGAAUGAGAUGGGUCUAUGAUUGGAUUCCUAAUCACCAGAGGAAGCUUGACAUUUCCAGACAAGAUGUAAGAACUUCAGGACAAUAUAUCCACCAAACAAAAUGUACUUUUUUGACAAGAGAUCUGGCUCUCAGGUGUUGGAAGGGAUUAUUUUUCAUCAAGUGGUACUUUUGCCUAAUUCUUUCUGACUGUAAAUCACUACUGACCUUAGUGGUAAAAUUUCUCUUUUUGAUGAAUCCCAAAUUAAUGCAGGCUUUCCUUCAGCAUUAAUGACCUGACAUUUUCUGAAAGCUCACCUCUCAUUUAUGAUGAGAAACAUUUUGUAAACAAUGGUAAUGAACAGGUCUUUCCUUGUGUAUGUUCCUAGGUUAUUGCAUUGAUUGAAAAUAAUUAUGACAA